AUGCGAACCGUUUAUGCAUCAAUCAGAGACAUUAUUCCAGUUACCAAAAACUGGAAAGUAAAAAUGCUCGUUGCAGAAAAAUCUCCAAAAAGGAUUGCACGAAACUCAAUAACAAAAUAUCAGAAUCUCACAUUGAUAGAUCCUCAGGGAAAUCGUUUACAAGCAGUCAUAUUUGGUAAAGAUAUCGAUCUGCGCGAUGAUACAUUGCAGGUUUUUCAAUCUUAUUAUAUAGGCAAUGCAUAUGUCAAAGCAAUAGAUCCAAGACACAAAAUCGAAUCGCAUGAAUAUCAAUGGAUCAUCAAUUCGAGGACAAUUAUUGAAAAUAUUGAAGAUGACGAACCAGUGCUAAAGGCUCCAGAGUACAAUAUCAUCCCUUUUAAUGAGCUUGAUGCUUAUAAGGAUACAGAUUCUGAAAUAGAGAUUCUAGCUAUUGCAAUCCAAAUGAUGCCACCCAGAGAAGUCAACACUGUUAAUGGAAAGGCAACAGUUCAAGAUAUACAACUUAUUGAUGAGAGCCUGAAGCCUUUAACUUUAACAAUGUGGGCUCGAUUUGUUCAUGAUGAAUGUCAACAAAUUUCAAACAUCAUUGCAACAAAACCAAUAAUUCUUGGAAUGCGAAUUAAAGUUGGUCUAUCUUUAUCAUCACAAGUGACAAGCGUGUUUACCAUCGAUCCUCUUUUACCAGCUGCGGUUUCGUUACGUACAUGGGCAACCCAAAAUGAUGCAUUACUAGAAGAAAUCAUUGCCAAGGGUUUCAAUACAUCAACAGGAUCGAGUUCAAGCAAUGCCAUGCAGACAAUAACAAAAAUUUCUGAAAUUGCUGAAAUUUUAGAUUCUACACAGGCAAUGACGAAAUCAACAUUCACAGUUAAAGCAAAAUUUUUAUUACUCGAUUUGCAUCAGCCGUUCUACUAUAUGUCCUGUGUCAACUGCAAUAAAGCGACUGGAUAUGAUUAUAAUGAAAAGUUCUCGUGUUACAAUUGCAAAAAUAUGAGCAUCGGACAGCCACGUUCUCGAGUAUAUUUGGAAAUAGAAGAUGACACAGGAUGCAUAGCAGUUGUUGCCUUUGGAUUGGUGGCAGAAGAAAUUCUGAAUUUUACAGCAGUUCAUCUAUUAGAGCACACAGGCGAGGAACACCUACCAUAUUUGUGA